AUGGCGGCCGACAAUGGAGCAGCUGGGGUGCAGCUGCUAGACUCACGUGGGAUCGGCAAGGUGCCGACGUUCUCAGGCAAGAGGGAAGACUUCGAGGAUUGGAUCUUCCCGUUCGAGUCAUACUGUGGCCUGCUGGGCUGGACGGCGGGCCUGGAACGAUCAAGGGGCGCUGAGGAGCCGCUGACCGCGGACGACCUCGGCGAGCAGGGAGUGCUGGUAGGGAGGAGCUUGUACCACCUGCUGGCAAGCACUACGAAAGGCACGGCGCAGAGCGUCGUGAAGCUCUGCCCGCGAGGCGACGGCUUCGAGGCAAUGAGAAGGCUGUACAGGGAGUACAGGCCGCGACUGAAUGAGGAGCACGGCCAGAUGCUCCAGCAGAUCCUCACGCCGACAUGGUGGAAGGAUCGCGAUGGGAGGGAGCGCUUCACGGAGGUGCUGAUCGCUUGGGGCGAGUUGAUCUCAAGGCACGAGCGCGCGACCGGAGAGCAAGUCACGCAGAAUAUGAAGACGAGCACGAUCAUGGCCCACGCACCAGAGGAAGUGAAGGUCAUGCUACGCUCGGCGCAGCGCGAGGUGCGCAGCGACAUCACACAGAUGAGGAACUGCAUAUUCGAGGCGGUGAUCGGCCAAAGUGGAGUGGUCUCGCGACCUCCGACAGCGAACAAGGGGAGCAACGACAUGGACGUCGACGCGAUAUCCAAGGGCAAAGGCAAGGACGGCAAGGACAAGUGCCAGAUCUGCCACAAGCCAAGUCACACGGAUGCCAAAGGCAAGGGCAAGGACGGCUGCACCUUCUCGGGGAAGUGCGACUAUUGCCAUAAGACGGGCCACAAGAAGGCAGACUGCAAGAAGCGAAUCGCCGAUGAGAGGUCCAAAGGCAACGCGGCCACUGCGCAGGAGAGCACGGACCCGAAGACGGUGGCCAAGAUCGAGUACGCGGAGUACGAGUGCGGGAUCUGCGACGACGAACAGCUCUACUGCAUGGCGAUGGAGGUGGAGGAUCCCGAGACGGAGUGCUGCGGCAUGGAGCUCGUGGAGACGACCUUCAUCACGUUGGACACCGCGAGUGACUGCCACGUGGGGCCGACCUUCUUCGGCGAAGGAUGCAGGAGAGGAGAGGAUCACGGCCCGAGGCUGCUGGACGCGCAGCGCAACGAGAUCAAGAUGGACUCCAUUGCGACGGUGCCGAUGGCGGUUACUGACGAGUGCGAGCAGCUGAAGUUGCUGAAAGCAGAUUUCAGGCUAGGUGACACGGUAUCGAAGCCAAUCCUCUCGCUGCUGGAGGCGAUGGAUAAGGGUGCCGAGUUCUGGCUGAGCGCGAAGACGGGCAUGUGCAUGUACCCUGGCGGCGACCUCAGCAAGGGCAUCCCGCUCACCAGGAAGAACAACACGCUGGGAUUCAACGCGAAGACCUUCAAGACAGCUACGGAGGCGAAGGAGUUCGCGGCCAGCGUGAACGCGAAUGAGCAGCAGGACAUGCGGGCAAGGCUCAAGGAGAUGGGCCAGCCAAUCUACGGCAGAAAGGACGAGCUGCGGGCCAGACUCAGCGAUGCGGAGCGGAGGCUCACGGCACACCACCUGAAGAUGAAGGAGUUGGAGCGCAGGCACGAGGAGUCCGUUCAAGGAGGACCCACGAUAGCACCGCGAGAAGUAGCAGGGCCAGCAGCGCCCACGGAUGAAGAACGAGCAGCUCAUGAACUGCUGCACCUCACGAGAGCGCCGUGGUGCGAGGCCUGCGCGCGGGGGAACGAGACGACCAGGCCGCACAAGACCCUCGCGUUCGACCAGAAGGACACUGGGAAGGCGCAGAUCACCCUGGACUUCUGCUACCUGAAGACCAACGGCGACUGGGCGGAGAUCGGAGAUGAGGAGCCGCCAGCGGCGGACAUCUUCGCGACGACGCUCGUGAUGGCAGACAGGGACACGCUGAUGUUCUAUGCGGUCUCGAUGCCCACCAAGGCGGUCACGGACUACGCAAUAGCCAGCGUGAGCAGCUUCAUUGAGGGCAUGCAUCUCACGACGGCGGACAUCAAGACGGACGGCGAGCCCACGAUCGUGAACCUGGUGGAGGAGGCGCGGAAGAGGCUGAGCAAGAGCAUCAAGCUAGAAGAGAAGCGUGGGAACCUGAAAGUGAGGACGUACAAAUUCGACCUGGAGAAGCGCUAUGGCAUGAAGAUCACAGCGGACGCACCGAUCUGGUGCUGGCUUACACGGUACGUUAGCUGGGCUACGUCUACGCACCGACCACGAGCCGAUGAGAGGACGUCCCAUCAGGCAGCCUACGGAGUGACCUACAACGGAGAGGUUAUCCCCUUUGGCGAGACGGCUCUCUUCAAGACCCCGAUCUCCCACACGAGGCAGAUCACGGCUACGUCCCUGAAGCACAAGGGCGAGUCGAGUAUCGCGAUGGGCAUCUGGAUCGGGAAGCACAAGGAGAGCGACGACCACUUGUUCUUAACGCCAGCGGGCUGGCACCGCGCAAGAACACGCAGGCGGCUGGGGCCAGCAUUGCGGGCAGAUGACAAGCUGAUGAAGGCAGUGAAGGCCCUGCCCUGGGACGCGAGGAGCGCCAAGCCGUGCGAGCUACUUCCCAGGCUUCAGAGGCCGAUGCCCACGAUCGUCUUGACGGCGGCGGAGCAGAGGGCGAAGACCGAGGCGCAGGAGGCAGCGCGCGAGGCCGCGCCACCCCAGGGGGCGCCCGAGCAGGGGGCGCAGCCGGCUGCAGCAGCGAGCGCGGGGCCAUCGGCGGCGCCCGCGGGACCUGGAGCGGCAGCGGCAGCGAGACCAGAGGAGAAGAGCACGACGGAUGCGGAUGCGCCGAUGACACCUCGAGGUCUUGUCCGACCUGCCGACGCUGAAGACUUCGGCGCACCAGGCAAGCGUGCGAAGCACGUGGACGCCAUCUCGCUCGACGACCCCAUCGACUACAGCAUCCUGGAACGGAUGGGCACCGACUGCUACAUGACGGUCAGCGGACUGGAGCCCGCGGUGGAGCUCAAGGGCAAGCGCGAGGCACUAGAAGUGCUGGCACACUACGGGGUGCACAGGGACGUCCCGAGGAGCGAGAGCGGUGAGUUCAAGAGGAUCAGGGCGCGCUGGGAGCCGCAGAUGCGAGGAGGUAUCUGCAAGUGGCGGUUAUUGGCGCAGGAGUUCAAGUGGAUGGAGCAGCGUGACGACGUGUUCGCAACGAGCUCAUCGGCACAGACGAGCAGGCUGGUGGACUUCGUCAGCAUCAAAGAGGAGAACCACGGGACCUUCAUCGCGGAUUGCGUGAAGGCGUACUACCAAGCGGACCAGACUGAGAAGGUUUGUGUGGAGCCACCUGCUGAGUAUCUGGCGAUCUUGGCGGAGAUGGGCAGACCGACCGACAUCGUUUGGGCGCUCAACAAGAUGCUACCUGGGCAGCGCGUGGCAGGCGCUGGCUGGGUGGACAAGGCGGCGAAGACCCUGAAGGGAGAGGGUUUCGACAGGAGUGAGUGUCAGCCGCAGUUCUACUACCACAGAGAGAAGAAGAUCCUGAUCGAGGUGCACAUGGACGACUUCCACGGGGAGGGUCCAAUCAGCAGCCUGGAGGGGAUCAUCAAGCGGCUGCGGGAGGUGUUCGACCUGAAAGCGACGGAUGUCAUCAGGCAGGGACGCUACUCGCACCUGAAGCGGGACAGGCUGAGGCUCAUGAACGGCAACAUCAUGCUGAGGCCGAACGUGAAGCACAUCGACGACCUGAUCUACGCAAUGGGCAUGGAGAAGGCCAAGCCGACGAGGGUACCAAGCUUGACUGAGGAGGACCCGACAUGGAGUCCUGAAUUGGACGAGAUCGAGAGGGCGAAGUUUCGCACAGGAGUCGGGAUCGCGCUCUACAUCUCGCCCGACAGAGCGGACAUCCAGCGGGACGCGCAGCUGCUGACCAGGAACCUGAGUCAGCCGACGGAGUUUGACAGGAAGCGACUGGUGAAGCUGGUGAGGUACCUGAAGGGGACAAAGACGCAUGGAGUGCUGAUGGAAAAGCCAACUGGGAGCAAGCCUGGAGAAGUGAAGCUGCAGUUGUUCACAGACACGGAUUUCGCGACGUGCAAGCAGACGAGGCGUGCGAUGACCUGUGGGAUCACAAAGCUGGGCGGAGUGCAUUUUGCAGCGUUCGCAAGGAGGCAAGGAGUUCAGAGCACAUCCUCAGGUGAGGCGGAGCUCUACGGCGCGACCUCGGUGGUGAUGGCCGGCAAGCUGGUGAAGAACAUGCUAGAGUGGUUGGGCUACAAGGUGACCUGGGAGCUCGGGAUCGACAGCAGCGCCGCGAAGGCGAUGAUCAACCGCGAGGGCGUCGGAAAGGCAAAGCACCUGGACGUUCGGGCGCUGUGGAUCCAGCAGGAGCGAAAGGUCCACGGACUGAUCAUCAAGAAGGAGAGUGGAACAAAGAACGUGGCCGACCUAGGGACCAAGGCGCAUACCACGGAGCGGUUCGAGCACCUGCGAGAACUUGCUGGCAUCAUGGACUGCAGCGAGAUGGACAAGCAUAAGGAGCUGGAAGCGUGCUCGGUGACAACGAGCGCCUGGGCUAAGCAAGGUUUGUUGGCGACACUGCUCGCGCAAGGAGUGACGGGCGGUGCGACCACGGCGAGUGAAUGUGCAGUGCGAGAUCUCGACCAGGGUGCAGUUACCAUCUGGGAAGCUACAAAGCUGCAGGACUGGAUCGACGACCACACGACAAUGAUCAUCCUGAUCGUGAUGAUGACAACGUUCGUGGCAGGAGCACUGCUCGGGUGUUUGAUUUGCAAGUGGUGGACGAAGAUGGACAGCACCACGAAGCAAAACCUGGUAAAGCAUACGAAUACCCCGAAUCGGAGAAAGGAGCUGAGCAACAAGGUGGAGUUCACGGACAG